AUGGGGAGAGGAAAGGUACAGCUGAAGAGGAUAGAGAACAAGAUAAACAGACAGGUGACCUUCUCAAAGAGGAGAGUUGGAUUGCUAAAGAAGGCUCAUGAGAUCUCUGUACUGUGUGAUGCAGAAGUGGCUUUGAUUUGUUUUUCCUAUAAGGGGAAGCUCUUUGAGUAUGCCACUGAUUCUUGGUAUGUAAGAAAUUACAAUUGUACUAUCAGCGUCGUUCACGCCCCUCACACAAAGAGGGUUCAUGCUUCUUCUUUUUUAUUGGAUGUGGACCCCACUCUCAUAAUCUCCGUCUUUAUAAAGCAACUUGGAUCUAUUUCCCACAACUAUCCAAUUGUUCAGCCUCCAACGGUGAUCCACACAGAGAACAAGAUUACUAUCUCUACUGAUGAUGUCUUCGCCACUCCUAGAGGACCUCAACCCAGCAACAAAAUACAUCCAUUUGGAUCUUUUCAACCCAACAACAAAGGGCAUCCAUCUGGAUCUUCAAGAUUCUGCAAUUACUGCAAGAAACCAGGAUACAUUCUCUUGGAAUGCUCGAUUCGAGUUUGUCAAUUCUGUCAGAAGCAAGCCCCUGGUCAUCUUCAGCGUGAUUGUUUCCAAAACCCCAACGGACACUCUCAAAAACACAUGUCUCGCAGUACUCCUUCUAGAUCUGCCGCCACUACCGCUGAAGGUUCAUCAUCUACUACUACCAGUGAGAAGUUUUCUACUUCUGACAUAGAGGAAAUUGUCAAACAAGUCCUUGCUCAUUCUGGUAAUUUACCUUCUACUGCUAUGUCAGUCACCUCAGGUAAUUCAUCUUGGUUCUUUGACUCUGCAUGUUGUAAUCACAUGACACCUGAUUCCACUAUAUUUGCCACCAAACGUCUUGCUAAUCAUACUCCGACUAUUCAAACUGCUGAUGGUUCUUCUAUGACCAUGAGUCAUAUCGGAAAAAUCUCAACAUUAAACACUUUACUUCUUGAUACUUAUUGUAUUCCCCAACUCACUCUUAAUCUUAUAUCUGUUGGUCAAUUAUGUGAUUUCGAUCUAACUGUCAUCUUUUCUGCUUCUGGUUGUUGUAUGCAGGAUCCAAAGACGGGACAAACUCUUGGGAUAGGCCGUAAGAUAGCAGCCCCAGUCUCAUCUACCCCAUCCAUCAGUCUCUGGCAUUCUCGUCUGGGUCAUGCUUCUAUUAGUCGUCUUCAAUUUUUAGCAUCUAGUGGUUAUUUAGAGCUUGCUAAUAAAGAAUAA